CGUUGACCCAAUUGAAACGGACUAGGUCUGCUAGAUAAGUUCUUGUCUUGUCAUGCACACACUCUUCAGACACUAAAGUCGCUAGCAAGUUCCAGUGGUUCAGUCCUAAUAUUCACGCUCCGGAAGAAGAAUUAAAUAUAAAUAAACAGCUGGAAUUCCUCUCUCGCUCUUGCUCUCUCGGCUCUCAUUGCUGCACCUUCCCGUUUCGUCUGCCUUAUCGGCUCCUUCUUUCCUCCUGUGCUUCCUUCUUCCUCUCUCCCUCUCAUCUUCCUCUUUACCUCCUCUUUUCUCCUCUUCCCACCUCUCUCGUCCACUUACUUACUUGCUCACUUACCUCUCCAUCCCAUUGCUUGUCUGCUUCUCUUAUCUCGUUGUCAGACUACCCAAUUCCAUCCCAUCUCAUACCAAUCUAUCUUACGUCUUGCAUUCGCCAACUCUUCUAUCACCAUGCUUCCUCUCGUCUUGAUGUCUUUGGCCGCUGUGGCAACCGCGUCCAGCAACUACACUCUUCCCAGCAAUUUCAACAUCAGCGCUGUCAGCUACACUGACCGAAGCUCCUGGUGUACUGCCGAGCGCAACUCGUGCCCCGAAAUCUGCGGCGGUGUCGCCAUUAGCAACUCGUGCGAUCCGAGCACCCUGGACUUCUCCUGCACUUGCUCCAAUGGCUCGACUGCCGAUGUGGCCGAGUACACUCAGACCAUCCCAUUCUUUGUUUGCGAGGAGACCUACGCUCAGUGCAUUCAGGCCUCAACCUCCCUCGAUGAGCAGGAGGAGUGCCAGUCCACACGGGAGAAGGACUGCGGCACCCUGAAUGCGUCAGCUGUGUCCACGGAGUCGUCGACUACCACGACGGCCACCUCGUUGACGACGGCCACCAGCACUGCGAGCAGUUCAAGCGACAAGUCGACGACUGCGACUAGCACGACCAGCAGCACCUCUUCUUCGUCCACCUCCAACGCGGCGGUGCGUCUGGCGCAAGAGCACGCCACGGGCCUUUUGGCGACCGUGCUGUUUGUUGGGCUGCGCCUGGGCUCCUUCACCGAGCUCGCCGACGAGUUCGCCCAGUACAUCGACGCCCUGCGCAAGCCCGAAGCCGCCAGCAGCCUCCAAACCGAGAUCUCCCCGCUUCUGCAGCCCCUCCGUGAGCAGGAACAGUCCGACGCCGAGCCCGACCGCAAGCAGCGUGAUGAGGUCCUCAAGAAGUUGGUGUCGGCGGCCGUGGUCCUGAACAGCGCCCCGGAGAAGGAGAUCAUCUCCGCCUACAACUUGCUUGUCCACCUCGUCCACCAAGCCUCCGACCCGGAUAUGUUCCUCUCUCGCAUCUGCACCUACCUCGCCAAGCCCAUCUCCUCCCCCCAGUUCGGCGCCUCCCUGGCCAUCUCCAUCCUGUCCACCAUCUUCAACACCCUCGCCCCCUCCGACUGCAGCCGCUACCACGUCCUCCUGGCUACCGUCGCCGUCAUCCGCCAGUCCGGUUCGUCCAUUGCCUUUGACGCCCUCAAGUCUCAGCUGUCUACUCAGCUGCCUGGCUGGCUCGCCGCCUGGGAGCUGGACGCCGACGAGGCCCAGCGCCUGCACCUCGCCAUCGCCGAUGCCGCCCAGGCCUCCGGUGACCCUGAGCUGGCCCAGACCCAUGUUGUCCAGGCCCUGCAGACCAUCCCCGCCGCCAACGCCAGCGCCCCCGAGGCCCGCGAGCUGGCUGUUCGCGCCCUGACCUCCGCUCUCACUCACCCGGCCGUGUUCGACUUCACCCCGUUGACCGCCUCCGACGCUGUCCAGGCCCUGCGUACCAGCGACAACACUCUCUUCGAGCUGCUCGAGAUCUUCACUGCCGACACCCUUGAUGCCUACGAUGCCUUCGUCACCGCCACCCCCCUGGCCGACAUCUCCGGCGGCGUGCUGGCCGAGGCCGGCGAGGCCCUGCAGAAUAAGAUGCGCCUGCUCACUCUGGCCUCCCUGGCCGCUUCCACCCCGUCGCGCUCCCUGCCUUACGAGACCAUCGCCACGGCCCUUCGUGUGCCAGCCACCGACGUCGAGAAGUGGGUUAUCGACACCAUUCGCGCCGGUCUGGUCGAGGGCAAGCUGUCGCAGCUGCGGUCUGAGUUCCUGGUCCAUCGGGCCACGUACCGGGUGUUUGGCGAGAAGCAGUGGGCUGAGGUGCAAGGUCGCCUGAUGGUCUGGCGCCGCAGCCUGGAGCAAGUGCUGGGCGUGGUGCGCAGCGAGCGGGAGCGGUUUGUGCGCGAGGGGCUGCAGGCGGCCCAGGCGGCCGAGGAGGCAGCCCAGGGCAAGGGCAACGACAAGAGCAAGGGCAGCGACCGUCGCCGUCACGGUAACAACAACAGCAGCAGCAGCAGCCAGCAGCAGCAGCAGCCAGCGGCCGUGGCGCCCGCCAGCGCCCCAGUGGAGGCGGUGACUGCGGAGUAAUGGAUAGACCGAGAGCAUACGAGGGGCGAUGAAAAAAAGGAACUGUGUAGGACUGGGCCGAGGUGUUCUUCUUUGUUAAUGUUGUGCUGUGGCUAUUUUUUUAUUCCAACUUACGGUUUUCAUCAUGGUAGCUAUUGGAUUCUAGACAGGUUCACUAUGUGAAGGGGGCCUGACAAUGACACGAGUUAUGCCUUAGUGUGUAACUAUGAUUGAGUUUGUAAUUUGUUUACAUGUGCUAUAUGAUAGACUACUGGCUCGACAUUCCCACCCUACUGCUGUGGGUGGGGUUUUUAG